AUGGCAGACACCAAACCCAAAGCUAAAACCACGAGCAGUCACAUCUCCUUCCCUCGCAGAGUCUACAACGUACUCAAAUUCUGCAAAGAAAAUGAUCAUGAGCACAUCGCAUCAUGGAUGAACGAUGGGACGGCGUUUAGAGUACAUGAUAUAGAAGAGUUCGAAAGUGAAUUGCUUCCCAAGUAUUUCAAUACUCGGAAGUAUUCUAGCUUUACUCGAGCGUUGUGUGCCCAUGGAUUUGAUUGUAUCAGAACGGGAAGUCAUACUGGGAUUUACUCGCACCCUAAGUUCAAUCGCAACGACCCCGAGACUGUGUCCCUAAUGAAGAGAGUGAAAAAAGCGAAAACAGUAAAGAAUAAGCGCAUAUCAAGCGGAGGUCGUGGCUCGUUGUUUCGAGAUGGAGAGCAAUCAGUACUUCGUGAAUCCCUUUCAGCUAGGAACCGACCUCAUACAAAUUUGGAUGAGAAUGCAUCCGUUUUUGGUCAGGGAUUCCAAUCGGUUCGGUCUCAAAUAGCUGACCGAGCAACAUAUGCGCUCAUACGUCUUCCACCCGCGUCGCAUUUCGUCAGCUCAGACGAAAGUGACAAUGACAGUUCGGAGGAACCACACACGCCACCUGUAUCAGCUGUACCUUCUAGUUCCAACCAUAUGGCUUCAGAUUAUUACAAUGGGACAAUCUUGGACCAACAAGAACAAAUCGAUGAGAACUUUGGCUCAAUCUUCGAUGACAAUGAUUUCGAACCGAUACCUUUGCCACUGCACACUACAUCGCAGAAUUUUGGCAUUCCUUAUCAUUCUGAAGAUGAUGAUGCAUCGCUUAGCUCCUUGGAGCCAAGAAAUAUUCAAGAGAUGAAAAGGAAUCCAGAAGACUUCAAUGCAUUUUACAUCAUCCUGCCAGUGUUUCCAAAACCAAGGUACCAAGCGCUGUACGACUUUUCAUCUCCGGUCGCUUUACCUGCUCUUUUCCACUACAUGGAUAUUUCAACAUUUGGAAUGUGCUGGGCAAUGUUCCUCAUUGUUGGGCAUACCAUUCAAGC